UGGUCUAAGACUCCAAAAUUGCUGUUAGCGACAAAGAUCGAAGACCGACGCCGUGACUUGUGCUCUGUUUCAGAGUAAUGGCGGGGAUUCGUGACAAGAUGAAUCAGAAAAGUAGCACAAUGGGUAGUGUGCAAUCACGAUCAAUCUUCUGUUUCUUCUUCCUGAUUCUGAUCCUCCAUUUAUCCGCCAUUCUAUUGUUUACCAGAGGUUUUCUUCUAACAAGAACAGAGCUUCCAUACUACAGUAAUUGCUCCGACGUUUCUCAAUUUCCUUGUUUGCCACUUCAUAUUAACAAAUCUAGUAGCUCUUCGAAAACUCCCAAUAGAACCAACCAAGAAGAAGUCGUGCCCCACAAUGUCAACCGAAAUCCAGGUUGUUGGACAAGGCCUGCUGUUGAUCGACUGGUAAUUAUCGUGCUGGAUGCUCUCAGGUUUGAUUUUGUUGCCCCAAGCACGUUUUUCGAAGAAAAAAAACCUUGGAUGGACAAAUUACGGGUGCUACAGAAGUUAGCUUCUGAAGAAGGAUUAUCUGCUAGGAUAUUCAAGGCUAUAGCAGAUCCACCCACAACUAGUUUGCAACGCCUGAAGGGAUUGACAACAGGUGGCCUGCCAACAUUUAUUGACGUUGGGAACAGCUUUGGUGCUCCAGCAAUUGUUGAAGACAAUUUGAUCUACCAGCUGGCUCAAAAUGGGAAACGUGUGGUGAUGAUGGGAGACGACACAUGGUUCCAGUUGUUUCCACAGCAUUUCAACAAAUCUUAUCCCUACCCAUCCUUCAACGUCAAAGAUCUUGAUACUGUUGAUGAUGGGUGCAUAAAACACCUGUUCCCUUCUUUAUACGAAGAUGAUUGGGAUGUUCUCGUAGCUCAUUUUCUUGGAGUGGAUCAUGCUGGGCAUAUUUUUGGUGUAAACUCCAUUCCAAUGAUAGAAAAAUUAGAGCAAUACAAUGCCAUGUUGGAGAAAGUGGUUGAAGUGCUGCAGAGCCAGUCUCAACCAGGUGGUUUGCAUGAGAACACUUUACUCCUUGUGAUGGGCGAUCAUGGUCAAACUCUUAACGGUGAUCAUGGUGGAGGAGGUGCUGAAGAGAUUGAAACUGCAAUUUUUGCUAUGAGUUUGAAGGAGCCCCCAUCUUCAUUUUCAGCAGGAUAUGAAAGUUCAUCUUGUCAUCUAGAUUUGGAUGGAAAGACAAUGUGCAUCAGCACCAUUCAACAGCUUGACUUUGCGGCCACAGUUUCAGCUUUAAUUGGUGUUCCAUUUCCAUUUGGAAGCAUUGGGCGUGUUAGUCCCUAUUUGUAUUCUUUGGUUGGUGGUACAUGGGAUUUGGAAAGCUCCCACAGAAGUACUGGCCAAGAUCAAUCGGAUAUGGAAGAAUGGAUGAAAAAUUAUGCGAAUGUCCUCUGCAUUAAUUCUUGGCAGAUAAAGAGAUAUGUUGAUCUGUACUCAGCUUCAUCUGUUAUUGGGUUCUCAAAUGAAGACUUGUUACGUGUAAGAGACAUGUAUGCCAAAGCCUCUGAGAAUUGGAUGCAUGUUGGGAGCAGAAAUGCAUCCUUACCUGAUCUUGAGAAACAAAUUCAUUUAUAUUCCAGUUUUAUGGCAAGCAUUGCUGAACUAGCACGAUCGAAAUGGACAGAGUUCAAUUUAACUUUGAUGGGUGUUGGCUUUGCUGUUAUGAUGGUUUCGCUUUUUGUUCACUUCUUUUCUAUAUGGAGGCUGGAAAAGCUCUCCGGAGUUUACUUUGGUUCUCAUGACAAUUCUGGGAUUUCUGUUGGGUUUAUUUGUGCAUGUUCUAUGAUCUUCAUUCGUGCAUGUAGCUUGCUUUCGAACAGCUAUAUAUUGGAAGAAGGAAAAGUAGCAUGCUUCCUUGCUGCCACACUUGGUGUCAUCAACUUACGAUAUUCACUAAUGAAAAGGAAAAUGCUACAGGAAGCUGUUGUGUUUGUGUUGCUGAUCUUUAUCAUUAGGCUCUCCAUAGAGCUAGGGUUAUCAAAGGAGGCUGGUGGUUCUAUUGUAAUGGAUUUAUUUCCUUCUUGGAUGACUAGAGACAAUGACAUGGCUUCUUUGGUGGUGCAUAUGGUCGAACUCUUGCCAAUUCUUGCAUUGUUGGUAUUAGCAAUGUUGCUAUACAAAGCCAUUAUUAGGAGUGCUUGCCAUUGGAUAUUGAAAUGUUUAACUUCAUCAACCAUGACUUGUUAUCUUCUCAUUGCACUGUAUUGGGGUCAAGAAAGUAAACUUUUCUCUAUCCCAUAUUUUCUUAAAGGCAAAAACAGCUACAUAAUCCCUAGAAUAGUAUACGCUGUGGGAUUUGCUCAAGUUCUGUCACUCUUCACAAUUUUUAAGCUUCUUGGUGAGAAGAAAACUCAAAAAUGGGAAGAAAAAGUAGUUGCCUUAUUGUCUGCUUUGAGUUCCACAAUUAUUAUUCUAUCGGGAAAACAAGGAACCCUAGUUGCUUUAGUCUCUAUAGUUGGAGGAUGGUGCAUAAUGAGAUGCCAGAGUUUGUUAUCUGAUUCAAGACUCUCAACCUCUCCUAUUGUACAGUGGAAUCUUCUGGCUGUUUGUCUGUUUUUCUGCACCGGUCACUGGUGUGCCUUUGAUGGCCUCCGAUAUGGGGCUGCUUUCACCGGGUUUGACGAAUUUAUCCUUACACGACAAGCUAUUCUCCUUACUAUUGAGACAUUCGGUUUUUCUCAUAUCCUUCCAAUUUUCGGCCUCCCGUUCCUCAUUGUGAACAAAAAAUUGUCUAGUCCUGACAAGCAAAGGAAAGGAUCAUUUUUCAUACAACUCUCUCAGGCAUACUUGAUCAAUGGGCUUAUUACAGCAACUACUGUCACAAUUACAAUACUAUGUGUGUCAAUUCACAGACGACAUCUGAUGGUUUGGGGACUAUUUGCCCCAAAAUUCGUAUUUGAAGUAGCCGGACUUGUUCUAACCGAUGUUCUAACCUGCUUUGCACUGUUCUAUUACCGCAGCAGCUCAUGAUGAGAUCACUGGAAAAAAUGAUGAAGACCAAUUUAUUAACACUUGAAUAUUGUUUCUUUAUUUUAGUUUUGCUUAGUUACAUUGAAAGAACAAAAUAUCACUCUUUGAGCUACUAGUUGUAUAA